AAGCGCGUCACGUGAUGACUAGCCCCGCCUCUUCCUCUCGGUCCCAUAUUGAACUCGAGUUGGAAGAGGCGAGUCCGGUCUCAAAAUGGAGGUAAAACCGCCGCCCGGUCGCCCCCAGCCCGACUCCGGCCGUCGCCGCCGCCGCCGGGGGGAGGAGGGCCAUGAUCCAAAGGAACCAGAGCAGUUAAGAAAACUGUUUAUUGGUGGUUUGAGCUUUGAAACUACAGAUGAUAGUUUAAGAGAACAUUUUGAAAAAUGGGGCACACUUACAGAUUGUGUGGUGAUGAGAGACCCCCAAACAAAACGUUCCAGGGGUUUUGGUUUUGUGACUUACUCUUGUGUGGAGGAGGUGGAUGCAGCAAUGUGUGCUCGACCACACAAGGUUGAUGGGCGUGUAGUGGAACCAAAGAGAGCUGUUUCUAGAGAGGAUUCUGUAAAGCCUGGUGCCCAUCUAACUGUGAAGAAAAUUUUUGUCGGUGGUAUUAAAGAAGAUACAGAAGAAUAUAAUUUGAGAGACUACUUUGAAAAGUAUGGCAAGAUUGAAACCAUAGAAGUUAUGGAGGACAGGCAGAGUGGAAAAAAGAGAGGAUUUGCUUUUGUAACUUUUGAUGAUCAUGAUACAGUUGAUAAAAUUGUUGUUCAGAAAUACCACACUAUUAAUGGGCAUAAUUGUGAAGUGAAAAAGGCCCUUUCUAAACAAGAAAUGCAGUCUGCUGGAUCGCAAAGAGGUCGUGGAGGUGGAUCUGGCAACUUUAUGGGUCGUGGAGGAAACUUUGGAGGUGGUGGUAACUUUGGCCGCGGUGGAAACUUUGGUGGAAGAGGAGGCUAUGGUGGUGGAGGUGGUGGCAGCAGAGGUAGUUAUGGAGGAGGUGAUGGUGGAUAUAAUGGAUUUGGAGGUGAUGGUGGCAACUAUGGUGGUGGUCCUGGUUAUAGUAGUAGAGGAGGCUAUGGUGGCGGUGGACCAGGAUAUGGAAACCAAGGAGGUGGAUAUGGUGGCGGUGGUGGAGGAUAUGAUGGUUACAAUGAAGGAGGAAAUUUUGGAGGUGGUAACUAUGGUGGUGGUGGGAACUAUAAUGAUUUUGGAAAUUAUAGUGGACAACAGCAAUCAAAUUAUGGACCCAUGAAGGGGGGCAGUUUUGGUGGAAGAAGCUCGGGCAGUCCCUAUGGUGGUGGUUAUGGAUCUGGUGGUGGAAGUGGUGGAUAUGGUAGCAGAAGGUUCUAAAAAUUUUCAGAAGAAAAGGGUUGAAUGAGAACCCUACUUGCCUAAAUGAGGAAUGUCUUUCCUACCAUCUUAUAUACGAAGGUUUCUGGCUGGGUAAGGUUUGUAGCUCACAGUAAAAGCUCAUGACACCAUUUGUUUCCCUACAAACUUAUAUGACAUAUUUUGAAACUAUUAGGUACAUUGGCAAAAUUACUCAGCUGAAUACUUUAUUUCAGAACCAGAUCCAACAUUUUAGAACCACAUCCAACAAACACAUUUUAAACAGUUUCAGGCCCUGCAACAGCCAUGAAUAUUUAUUUUGAGUCAGAUGUGGCCCCAUAUAUACAAUUCAUUGUUGGUGUGUUUAGGGUAAAGUUGAUUUUUGAUGAGUAACCUUAAAUUUUGUGAAGUUUUUGUAAUAAGCAUGACACUUGUAACAGAAGCAUUAAGCUGCUAAUCCUUAUUCCAUGAAAAACACCUUAGAAUGAACUUUCAAAAUUGUCAGGUGAUAGAAGAAUGGUCUUCAUUCAAGUGGCCUCAUAAAGUUCUCUUGCAUAUAAAUCCAGGGAAUUACUUGAACUAAUAGGAUACAUUUUGGUUCUUUUGUGUUUUAAUCAGUUAACCAGAAGUAGUGGGGGACCUAAUUGCGCUAAUACUCCCUUAAAAGAUUUCCCAAAGAGUAAUUAAAAUAUUAAUUACUAUUUAAAUCAGUUGCUGAUCAUUCAUAAGGGCUAUUAUCACUGUCCCAAAGGGCUUAUUAAAAAUUUGAGAAUUUGAGGGGUGCUUGGCUGGCUCAGUUUGUAUAGCAUGCAACUCGAUCAUGGGGACAUGGGUGAGUUCAAGCCUCAUGUUGGACUUCAGAAAAAUUGAGAUUUGAUGUUUAUGUACUUGAAAAAAACUUGGGGGACAGGCUUUUAAAACAGUUUCUAAAUUACAAAGUUAAUACAUAGGUGUAGUUUUAGUUUAUUCUCAAAAUGGUUGGCUGUUUCCUCCAACUAAAUCAGGACUAAAUUUCCACACAUCAUCAUAAAAAUGAAGUGUUGAAGAAGAUAAUAGUCUUCUAAUGAUAAAUUUUCUUUUAGUGUGAAGCAAAUUAACCAAGAUAGGUAAUAUUCUUUACAGUCCAUCUCCUUUCUUUUGAAAUAAAAUGAUUUUAUUUAAAUGUAGUUCCACUGUCAUUUCUGAAAAAUGUGCUCUUUAGUCAUAGCACCAGUAAGCCAAAUAAGGAAGUUCUAGAAGGGGGAAAAUGGUUGAGCCAGGCUUUGUAACAGAUUUUUGUCAAACCAACUUACAGGUUAUUGCUUCCCACACUACAUUAAAAAAAAAAAAAUGCCUGAUAGACACUCAAGUUCUAAAAAAGAAAAUUUGGUACUAAAGAUCAUUUGUUAAGGAACCGAACGGUUGGAAUAGGCUUGGUUUUAAGAGUUCUGGUAUGUCACAACUUGAAACAUUUCUAAUGAAGGGACAGUAUCGGAGUUCCAAUAAUUGAAUGUCACAAAUAGGUGAAUAAGCAAGUUAAUGGCAGGGGUAAUGAAAGGAUUGUUAGCCUAUAUAAUACUCAAGAUUACUUUUAAAUUUCAAUGUUUUAUCCUGAUUUUUAAGACUUAAGAGGUGGUCUGUAAUGGAUUCAAAUGUUUCAUUUGUAGUAUUAAUGAAAUGUUUACAGAAAGAUAACUUUUUCAUUAAAAUAUUUUUAGAAA